AUGAAUACAAAAAAUAACCGUGGUCAUAUAAUCUUAACCUAUGAAAAAGGUAUUGGAAAUUAUUUGAACGUCGAAAAUAUUGACGAUUGUUUAAAACAUGAACUUUUACGUAACCCUUGGGUACCGAAUACUACUUAUGACUUUAAAAGUGAUUUAAAAUCAGGAAGAACUCGAGCAUUUAGAUAUCAAUGGUUCCAUGAGAACGGUUUGUGGUUGACAUAUUCAGCUCUUGAGGGUGUGAAAGGAGCUUUUUGUAGAAUAUGUGUGUUGUUCAAGGCAUCAAUUCAUAGAGGCGUACAAGGUGGAUUUAUAAUAAAACCGUUUACGAAGUAUAAGGAUUUUAAUGCAUCUUCUAAAAUACAUUUGUCUUCAAAUUGGCACACUGAAUCAAUGUCAAGAGCAAAAUAUUUUAUGGAUAUUAUGAAUGGUAAAACAAUUAGUGUUAUUGAACAAAUAAAUUCUGGAUUGCAUAAAGAAAAAGAAACUAAUAGGCUAAAAUUAAAACCUAUUAUAUCAACUAUUUUGUUUUGUGGAACUCACGACCUUCCCUUACGAGGGAAAAAAUCAGAUUCUGGUGUUUUUCACGAUCUUUUGAAUUUUCGUAUUGAAUCUGGCGAUGAGAUAUUCAAAGAUCAUUUUUAA